UAAUAUUUGUUAUCGACAUAUUUAUUUUCAUUCAAGUCUAAAAAUUGUCUCUAACAUAAAAUUUCAAAUUUAGAGACUUGAGACUGUAUCGUAGUGCAGAUUCUCGCUAUUAUUGUUCCUUCCAAGAUGAACCAAUCAAGACUGUACAUCGAAACCCAAUUAAAGAAGAACAAGAUAGGUGUUUUUAUACGUUAGGAAAAUAGGAGAACAACCCAACGACUAUUAUUCGUUCAAUCUCAGAUGAAUACUAAAAUUUAUGUUAUACAUUAUUAAUGCCCAUACCUCGGACAUUGUCAUUACGAUAAUGGCAUAUUACAUCAAUUCAGCAAAUUCGUAACAGUCCCACCGAAAAACCUUAAGUUUUUCAAAAAUUAUAACUAUCUUUAUUUAUCUUCUAUGUCUAAAGGUAGAGUACAUAUCUUUUGUACUGGCCUGUGUAAAAUAUUCGUUGACGUUCGAAUUGUCACGGAACGCACCAAAUUAUUACUGCUGGGACGAAGUUCUAUUAUACGGCUUAUUGCUCAUUAAGCUGGUGGCAAAUUCUCACAUUAAAUCAGUACUAAUUGGCCCAAUGGCACUCGCUCUGAUUCUCUUAGCACUUCUUGCGUUCCUGCAGUGUUGCCAAAUACUCACUUUGCCGUCUGACCCAAAACGCCUUGAUAAUAGUCUAUCGCUCUUUCCACUGUUUAAUGCCUUUAGCUGAUGAAUUCUCUUGAAUUACGAACAGAAAUGGAAGAACUAGAAAAACUUCAAAGUCAGAUGGAUCGUCAUUCAGCGGAUGUUAAGAACGAUUUGGGUAAGUAAGGUUGAUAGUUGUUCAAGAAUAGUACUCGCAGACCAAUGGCACGAACUAGAUGAAAUUUUAUCGACUUUAUUGCUGCCUCGUAAAUUCUUCCCUGGUGGGGAGCUGCAGGAGUCAUGAACAGCCAUUCUGUAUCUUUCCCACUUAAAUGCUGAAAUACCCCCUUUUUGUACCAUACUGCUCAAACGCUGUAGCAUUAUUACUGUAUAUUCUUUCACAGCAACCACGACGAGCUAUAAAACGGUCAUAACAAGCAAUGACAGCUAUUGUUGUUAAGUAUGUUACCACGUUUAGAUGAAUUCCUAUCCCUGUCAAUCAUUUUGAUCUUUAUCGGUCCAGCAUAAUCUACUCUUGUGUGUAGAAAAUGCUUACCUGCUCUGAAUCGAUGGGGGGGUAGAUCUGCCAUCAUUUGGACCUUUGUGUGGUGAUUGUGUCGCACAAAAAUAACACAUCUGUGCAGUUAUUUCCUUAGUGAACUACGAAGGCGCGAAAUCCAGUAAAACUGACGAAUAAAUUGCAUCAUGAUUAGAAUGCCACCGUGUUUCGUUCCGUUAUGCGCAUGAUCCAUUAUUAACCACGAUAAUCUGGGUCCAUCUGGAACUAUCACUGGGUGUCGCAUGUUUUCAUCUAAAUUUAAAAUUUUCAAUCGGCCAUGCACUCUGAGGAGUAUGUCCAUCACCACAGGUUUCAACAAUUCAAUCUUACUUUUUUCUGGAAUCCUUAUACCCGCUUUCAAAUUCGUUAUCUCUUUGUUGUAAUAUUUUUCUUGUUCUUGUUUCAAGAGAAAUUUCAUCUCUUGUGACUUGUGUUUGUUAUCGGGUACUAACUGUAACAUUUAUUUUCUCUUAGAUUGUCUAAGUGCUAAACGGACUUUAACAUUCGAAAUGAAUUUAACCACAAUAUCUAUCGCCAUUUCUUCACAUCGGUAUUCGUCUGUAUUGAUGAUACGCGAUUUGCCAUAAACGUCUUGAGGUUGCGUGGUAUCUUUUUUAUCCAAUAAAAUACCACUUGUGAAUCUGUCCACAAUGUGUAGUCAACUUCUGUAUAUUCCAUUACUCUUAUUCCAUAAAAAGGUAAACGAGAUAAUAACUCUGCCGCAGCUAAUUCAAGACGGGGCACCGUAAUUAUCUUCAUUGGUGCAACACGUGUUUUUGAUUAAAGUAAUGUAACUUUUACCUGUCCAUCUUCUAGUACUUUUCGAAUAUAGAUCACAGCACCAUAAGCCGUCGUUGAUGCAUCAGAAAACCCGUGUAUUUCAAUCCUUCCAUCUAUAUUUGUAUGACAGAUGGAUCUGUCAAGAACAAAAUUUUCAAGAAUAACAACGUCUUACCAAUAGUUUUUAGACCUUAUCGCUAUCUCUUCAGGUACAGGUUCGUCCCAAUCCGAUCCGAUGUGCCAUAAGUCUUGUAUAAUAAUUUUGCCUAAGAUAGUUACUGGAUAAAUGAAAACAUUUGAUCAUACAGUUGAGCAACACAAGCUAAUAUAUUUCUUUUAGCGAUGACAGUUUCUAUCUCAAGAGUCUGCGAAGGUUAAUUGAUCUUGUUUGAGCUUCCAUUUUAACCCCAACACUGAUGCAAAACAUGAAUGAUCCUUCUUCUUCUUCUAAGUUUAUUUCCUCUAUAAGUUUUUUCGAGUUCGUCUUCUACGUUUUCAUUUCGAAACCGCCACCUUUUAGAAUAUGAUCAAUUUCUUUUGUCAAUUGCAUCGCGUCACUUUCAUUCCUAGUUCCAGUGACACAAUCAUCCAUAUAUAAAUAAUUCUCAAUUACUUUAGACUCAUCUGUGAAUUCUUUUUCUGCAUCCCUUGCAUACUGCAUCACUCCUCAAACAGCAUUAAAUGCAGAUGAUGUCAUACCAUAUGUUACGACCUUUAACCAAUAUUCUCUUAUCGGUUCAUCAGUAUUCUUUCUCCAAAAAAUAAGAUCCCAUUGACUUUGGACUACUCGUACUUGCCGGAACAGUUUUUUAACCCAUUUGGCGCCUCUGUACCUAAUCAGGUACAGCAAAACUUUUAAAACUAUUGUUGUUUGCUUCCAUUUAUUUUAAUACGACAUACAUGGUGCGCUAAAACAUUAGGAAUUUAGGUGAGAAUAUCCACAAUAUCUGUCACAAAGUGGGUUAUAUUUUAUCAGUCUGAACGCUUAUAAAGGUAAGAAAACAAUUUAAUUAUUUUUUUGUUGAUCUACAUGUAUAAUUGUUAAUUUAUUUAUGUUAUUUUGUUGUUUGUACCUAUACUUGUAAUAUAAAUAAUGAAUAAAAAUAUUACAGCUCAUAAUUACAAAUAAUCGUAGUUUAAACUUUAUUGUACCUGGUUAGGUACAGCGGCAGAAUCCAUAUAAGUUUUUCACUUUUUUUUAGGGUUUCGUGACAAUGAAUUCAAAACGUUUUAACUUUUCUAACUACUAUAACGGCUUAGCAGAAGCCGUUAACGCCGUUUUAGAAGACAGGGACAAUGAUGGUGAUUUCGACUUCGCGAUCAUACCACCAGAACCUAGCGUGGUGAGGGAUGAAGAAGAAGGUGUCGAUGAGAAUAUGGUCACAACCUCUUUACCACAAGACAUUCCUAGGGAUAGCAGUGACAAUGACAGCAGCAAUGAUGAGCCGUUAACCGAAAAGGCAAGGAGAAGUCGUCGUCAGCUGCCAGAUCAACCAAUAUGGCGUCAGUGUUCACAAAUAUAUUCUUCUAGUUAUGUCACCGAAAGACAAGAAGAGGUAAAAAAGGUGUUUGAAAAUCUCACACCAGUUGUAAUAUUUGAGAAAAUAUUUGAUGAAGACGUCAUAAACUUGAUCGUAAAUAAUACGUACAAUAUUAUACGCUAAUCAAAAUAACAGACACAUUUCAAUUAGAUUCUGUCUUUUUGAAAAAGUUUAUGGGCAUAUUGAUACUAUCAGGAUAUCAUAAACUACCAAGAGAAGAUUUGUAUUGGUCUUAUGAUGAGGACGUAGGUCUUGAAAAAAUAUCGAAGUGUGUGCUAAGGCAAAGAUUUCGAGACAUUAAAAGAAGAAGCAUUCAUUUUGUGAAUAACAACGAAGCUAGAUCAUUGAGGGAUAAAAUGUUUAAAGUUCGUCCAUUAGCUAAUAUUCUUAUGAGCAAAUUUCUACAGUGAGGUGUAGUGUACGACCAUAUUUCAAUAGAUGAGCCCAUGGUGAAGUAUUUUGGUCAUCAUUCUGCUAAACAGUUUAUCCGUGGAAAAACAGUGCGUUUUGGUUAUAAAAAUUGGGUAGCUGCAAGUUCCACAGGAUACUGCUAUGUUUUUGAAUUUUAUUAUGGAAAAGCCGUUGAAGCUUCUACUGAACCCUUAGGAUCAAGAGUUGAUAAAACGUUACUUCAAAGGUUGCAGACUGAUCCACCAAGGCACCAGGUUUUUUUUUUUUAUAAGUUUUUUACUAAUUAUAAUCUCUUGGUAGACCUAAAAAAAGAAGUGCAACUGGAACGAUAAGAGAAAAUAGAACAAAGAAAUGUCCCAUGAGAAGUACUAAAGAGAUGAAGAAAGAAGACCGUGCCUCGUAUGAUUUCAGGUUUGAUAAGCAAAACGAAAUUCUAUUAGUGAGAUGGAAGGAUAAUAGUGUUUGCACUAAGGUGACAAAUUAUGACCCUAUUGAACCUUUGGGAGUUGUCAAGCGAUGGUCGUCUCUGCAACGUGAUAAAACAGAUGUAAACAUACCAAAGGCAUUGCAAACUUAUAACAAGCACAUGGGUGGGAUGGAUGAAUUGGAUCAAUCAAUUUCUCUUUAUAGGAUUGCAAUUCAUGGGAAAAAGUGGUGGUGGGUUUUAUUCACAUAUAAGUACAUAUGUAUGCUAGAUAUGACAAUUGCAAAUGAUUGGCGUUUGCAUGUAAUGAGUCACAGUGAUAGCAUGGAUCAGCUCCUGUUUCGACGUUCUAUUGCGAGGUACUACUUACGCCAAAAAAACACAACAUAAGACUCGGCCUUCCGCUUCAUUGGUCCCAGGUUUGCCCCAAGAUAGUAAAGGACACUACCCACAAAAAUUGAAAAACCAUUACGGUGUGUUAUGUGUCACGCUAGAGUUCGGUGGCAAUGCAAAAAAUGUCUAAAAACAUUAUGUGUCGAAAAACAAUGUUUUGAAAAUUUUCAGCUGUAAUACGCCGCUGUACUCAAUUAAGUACACCCCCCUAUAAGGGGGCCUAUUUCUUUGUGACAUAACGAUGUGGUGGUAUGUGAUACACCAGUUCUCCAGCUUUUGCAGCCCUCGAUACCGUUUCCAUAUGUCCUGACGUCUCAUAUUCCCUCAUAAAGUCUGUAUAUUGUUUCUUUAGUUCGGGAUCUCUACUUAAUUUUUUCUCCAACAACAUAAAUCGCCGCAAUGCUAUUUCUCUUGAAGUUCCAAUAUCACCAAUAUUUUCCCUUAAUGGAAUUGAAACAACAAAUCUACCGUUCGCAUCUCUUGAAUAUGUAUCGACAAAUAUCUUUUCACUUUUUCUUCAUCUUCAUUCCUUUAAAAAAACGAAACGACUGUAUCAAGUUGCCAGAAUCGCCUGACUAACUCACCCAAUUCUUCAACGUUUGUGCAAUAAAAGUAAGACAUCGAAUUCCCUGUUUCGAUACUGGCUUGUAUCUCACGGGCUCCACAAACUACCAUACCUAAAUGAGUCUCAAGAUAAACAGCUACUUCACAAUCAUGUGAAUGCGCCGUUAUCAAAAUCUUUGCAAAAAUUUUUACAUUGAGUACCCCCUGAACAAUACCUGGCUCCCAACAUUGUAGAUCAGCAAGUGGUAUGGUUGAUUUUACUGAUGUUGGUUUCAACGUUCAUUCAGGUAGCAUUGGUUGCCAAUUGUUUUCUUUUGGUAGAACCCAAAAUUCUUCCUCAAUGUACCCAUUUGAUUGAAACCGCCGUCUUAUCUUCAGUACUGUACGUCGACUCACUCCAAAAUAUUUCCCUUCUAUAUCUACCAUCUUGCAUUAUGUUGUAAUAAAUAUAGUUUAAAAAAACUAAAACACACGCUUUUAAAGCAAAUCAAACUAAAAAGUGAAACAUAAUUCUUUGUAUAAACUAACAAUAAUAAUGAAGAAAAAAUGCCUGCAUAACUGUGAAAAUAGCGUGGAAUGCUCGAUAUAUGAAAAAUAUGUCUCAAAGCACCCCACGCUUUUCUCACUGUUAACGCCGCCCCGCCCAAUAUCUUUUGCCACGUCUGUAUCGGCAGAAUAAUCUUUUCGUUUCUUCCUUUUCGAAGUUUUAAUUAGCGCGCAACUAAACACUAACUAAAAAAGUUGCGCGCGCUCUCUCCUUUUGCGACCCUCCAAUUUAGCAACACCCAAGUUACAGCCAAACAUAUUUUGGAUUUGUGCUCUGCAAGCUAUGAGGUAAUAGAUUGGUUAAUUUGUGCAUCAUUUAUGUACAAAACCCAUUGUGCUGUGUGAAGUGGAGACCAAAACUUAUUUUUUGCACUCUACCCACAAAAUCAACGCACAAGACUGCAGGUAGUAUUGUACUUCUUUUAAGUACAACAAUAAAUACACCUGGUAAAUGCACUGAAUAUUUCACUUUGAAAAAAAAAAACAAAAACCACACACACUGUUAUUCGAAAAAAAUUAUAAAUUUCUUGGACGCACAAACCUCGUCUGGAGCGUCAACAAUCUCUCUCGGUUUUUUCUGUGUUUUCUUGUGGUUAAUUUGAGUCUAGUCGCUCAACUCUGCCUUUCCAAAUAUUGUUCGAAUAGCAAUAAAGGCAAGCAGCAAUAACGCAGCUGCAGUUUCGCCAGUGCAAAAAAAAAAAAAAACAAAAUACAAAAAUUAAAACAAGUGAAGUGAGCGACAUCAAAAAUUGGAGCAAGUGAAGUGAGCGACGGCAAGAAAGCCAAGCAGCAAAGGCAAAGACGCACAGGCAAAGCAACAAAGGGAGAGCAGCAAAGGCAAAGCAGCACAGGCAAAACUGCAAAGGCAGAGCAGCUAAGGCUAAGCAACAAAGGGAGAGCAGCACCGGCAAAGCAGCACAGGCAAACUGCAAAGGCAGAGCAGCAAAGACAAAGCAGCGCAGCAGCCAUCCCAGAAGGACAGCAACAAACAAAUAGUGUAGUGUUAAAAUAACCCCGUGAACAAAGUGAAAGUGAUUAGUGGAUAUAAAUCAAAUAAGUGCUUGUGAAUUUUAUUUGUAUUUGUAUUUGCAUUUAAAUAAAGUAAUUAAGCACAAAGCAAUUUUGUUUGUGUACAUAUUCGAAGACUAGGCGUGCAAGUGCAUUGGGCCGAUUACCCAGCAAGCACAUUCAAAUUAAAUUUUGGAAAAAUACUUUGAGGAAAUACUUCACUAAAUUUACAAGUGCAAGUACAAGUGCAUUGGGCCGAUUACCCAGCAAGCACAUUCUAAUUAAAUUCGAAAAAAUACUUUGCGAAAAUAGUUUACUAAAUUUCUUAAUUUUUUUUGUGCCUUCGAAAAUUCACGCUUCAUUAAGAAACAACGCACUACUAAUUUCUAGUUUGUCCGUGAUUGGUUCUAUAACUUUUGAACUUUCGCAACAUAUUUGCAAAUAUUUUUUAAAUUUUAAUUUCAAGUUUUAGAUCCGAUUUUGUGCAACAUUUUUGCAGUUCCGUUUCAAUUUUCGAACGCAAUGGAAGCCAUCAGACAUUUAUCACAGCUGCAGACGCUCUACUGGAGUUUGAGAAGUCUUUUACUCCAACAGCAAAUAACCAAAGUGCCUACUCUCUUGAAGUACAGCAAGCUGAACUGAAAUCUCUGUGGGCAGAGGUAAAGUCAGAAUACAAGUUGUGUUUGCCAAAAGUGGAUCCUUCCGACACAAGCUCAAUUGACGACAUUAAGCUUAAAUAUCCAAGCUGUUACCACGCUAAUGUAUGUUGCGCGGCCUUGAUGGGCGAACACAUGCACAACCUCACGGCUUUCAACCAAAACCCUACUUCGAAUUCUACAGUAAUUCAACCUGAACGGUUACAACAAACGGUAGAACCCGUGAGGUAAUCCAUCAGUUUACCGCCAUGUGAUACAGAAAUAUUUCAUGGCGAUGUUUUACAAUGGCCCUCACUUAGGGAUUUAUUUGCCGCCAUUUAUGGGAAUAACCCAAGGCUAUCUCCAGUCGAAAAGUUAUUCCAUCUGAAUCAGAAAACGCGAGGUGAAGCAAAAGCUAUUGUUUCGAAAGCGCCACUGACGCAUGACGGAUUCGCAUUGGCUUGGAAUAAUUUGUUGUGUAGGUAUGAAAACAAGCGAGUGCUUGUCAACACACAAUUAAAUUUAUUAUUCAAGCUCCCGCACAUUUCAACAGAAUCUGAGACCGAACUCAGAAAUUUACAGCGGGAGAUUAAUAGCUGCAUUUCAGCUUUACAAAUACAUGGGAUCAAUAUAGAUAGCUGGGAUGCCAUAUUUACAUAUUUGUGUUCUAUCCGACUACCGGACUAUACACUGUCGCUUUGGGAACAAUCUCUGGAUUCGGAUUCAGAGAUCCCAAAAUGGGUUGAGUUAGACAAGUUUUUAACCAAACGGGUUAAAACGCUUGAGAGAGUAUCAAACCUCAAAGUCGAUUUGGGUACUCAACCCAAGAUUAAGUCGGCUGAUGGUGAAGAUCGGAUUCCAAACUUGCAGUCAAGGAUUGGAUCCAAACCCAUCAAUUCCCUUCACGCCAAAACAAACAAUAUUAAAUGUAAACUGUGCUCAUCUCAAUCGCACAUUUUGAAAACUUGUCAAAGAUUCAUUGAGAUGCAGCCUAAUGCACGAUUGAAUGCUGUCAGAAAACUCCACGUCUGCUUAAAUUGUUUAUCGGACUCACAUGAAGUCAAAAAUUGCAGAAGUAUGUUUAAUUGUAAUAAAUGUAAACAGAGACAUCACCCUAUGAUUCACCGGGAUCAGAGUGAGGAUAUAGCUCAGAUAUCUGACAGCACAAACACUACUGAGAUUUCUACUAAAUCUCAUGUGGCCUCUAUUAAAAAUGCCUACCAGUCGAAGUAUGCUCUUAGGUACAGCCAUGGUGACAAUAUGUCACAACGAGAGCACCUUUACUGUCAGAGCCCUGAUUGAUUCGGGAUCUGAAGCCACCUUCAUAAGCAAUAGUCUGCAAAAACGCUUACAUCUGGCAAGCAAAAAGGUCAGCGCGCGAGUUUCAGGACUGAAUAAUACCAUAUCAGGACGAGUUCAAUUGGUAUGCUCGAUUACAAUUGGCUCGCCCCGUAACAAAAGUUUAAGAGUAGAAGCGGAAGAGUUCGUACCACCAAAAUUGACUGGACUGCUUCUAUCCAGAUCAAUUAACUCUUCAAUUAUAAAAGGGUUAUCCAAUAUCCCCUUAGCGGAUAAUAAUUUCUAUACGAGUCAAAAGGUUGACUUGUUGAUUGGAGCGGAUCUUUACCCGAAAAUCAUUGUAAAUGGGGUAAAAUCGAAAAUGUUCGGAUCCCUCGUAGCACAACGUAUUGUGUUCGGUUGGGUUUUAACAGGUUCCGUUCCCUCCGAAGAAACAAAAAUAAAUUCAACAAUAACUCAACAACGAACACAAAAUCAUUUUUGUAGUGUAAAAAUUACUAAUUUUAUACCUAAACAACAACAACAACGAAAACAUCAUCAUCAGCAACAACACAAUAGCAAUCAGCGGAAUAGAAAUGCAUUGGCAGAACCAGAAAUAACCGACAGACCGCUAUCAUUAGUAAACCAAUGGAAAAAAUUAAAGGCUUUAAGUCAGCACUUUUGUCAGAGAUGGAAGACCAAAUACUUAAAGGAACUGCAGAAACGAAAGAAAUGGAAACAUUCCCAACAGAACGUCCAAGUCGACGACCUGGUGGUAGUUCGUGAUGAAAAUCUACCUCCAAAUGAAUGGAGAGUAGGCAGCAUCAACAAAGUAUAUCCAGGGUUGGAUCAACGAGUUCGGGUGGUGGACAUCCAAACUCAACGUGGCUUAAUUUGUCGGCCUCAGAAAGAUUGUCAUUGUACCCAAUCAAUGUUAAUUUCAUAUUAUAAAUUCACACGUUAAUAAUCUUCCUUUUCGUUUAGGAAAUUAUUGAAAAUGACGACAAUCAACUGCCCCUUAUGCGUAGACAGCCAUCUACUUCGCUGGUAUCCAAAGUUCCGGCAGAUGUCCCCAGAAGUAAGGCUGAGGACCACAUUGAUCCACCGCUAUUGCAGCAACUGCCUCGCGUCGAGCCAUUCAAAGAAUGAAUGCCACAGCGUAAUACGCUGAAAACGUUGCGGCAACCCACACCACACGAUGCUUCAUGGCAUCAGUUCAGAUGCCGAAGAACAAGACGACGAUGGAGGAAAUGGAGGAAAAUUCAUUGACAAUUGGCACGACGGAUUCGGAGCCCUAUCAACCAUGUCAACCGACGUCAACAGCCCAGCAUUCGCAAAGCUCUGACCAACGAUGCCUCUCCCGCAUACCACACGCCCAAGAUCGAGCCGACUUCGGCGUGCUGGUAACUUCCUUUCGGAUUGGUGGCAUGGCAACGAUCGACUGAGACUCGAUUCGUCUCAGCGACAUUGUCCGGACCGAGCGGAACGCCAUUCGCUCCGCCGGCCACCCCAUCCGAAGUGAAGGCGUGGACGAGGCGCUCAUCGUCAAGCCGAUGCACGCCGUAUCAUUAAGGACAGGCACACAACUCUACCUUUGCAACAAAGACUUGCGCUAUCACCAACCGCGUUAAUAAGCGUUCGAACCGCAACGAGGUUCAUAACAGUGCGGGCCAUGAUCAUCCAGUCAGUCCACCCACUGUUAUCCUCGCCUCCACGAUUGCACGAUUGCGACUGCGUACGCAAGCACGUGGAGACAGCCGAGUGUGCGAACUAAUGUUUCGGGACAACCAGGGUGGAGAAACAGAAAUCUCCGUGAGUGCCCAAAUACAACUUCGUCCGUUACCACCGACGCCAGUAAGGUCUUUGGAAGACCAUUUAUUUCAACAAUUCCGCAACCUAAGACUGGCAGUUUUUUAUUUAAAAUUUUGUGGAAUCAUUUGCGCCGAUCGUUUCCCCAUGGCCAACCACAUCUACGGAACGAGCGAGCACCGUGCUCCACCACCCGAAUUAUCACUCACAAUAAUGCAGGAAAUUUUCCUUCAUUAUUAUUGUUAGUUUAUACAAGGAAUUAUUUUUCACUUUUUAGUUUGAUAUGCUUUAAAAGCGUGUGAUUUAGUUUUCUUACCUAUAUUUGUUUUUAAUUUUUUAGUUUUGGCUAAAUGAGCCUUAGUCGCCUGCCCCACACCACACCUGCACCCAUCAUUAACACUCACACUCACCUCGACAUCACCACACUUCACAUCAACACCACCCACACGCGCGAGCGCAGGAUCCACACACUAAAACACACACCACAUCACUCCAUGGAAAAAGGGUCCGCUUUCACACAAAUCAGUUUCGAUUCGAUCGUCUUGGUCUCUACGUCGCUUGUCCGCCACCGCUACGCAACAAUUUAGUAUUCGCAUCCUAAGUGAAUUUAAUUCAACAUUAUAUAAGCGUAUUCACAUACUAAGUGCAUUUCAUGUAACAUUAUAAAAAGUUGAAGUUAUAUUGUAAACAAAAAAAGGAAACCCCCACUAAUCGAGUGGUUCACUCUUAUUGUGAAAUUGAAUAUACCAGCAAGUGGCGCACAACGAAAGGUUUUUUUUUAUUUCGAACACAUAAAGCGCACAUAAAGCGGUAAGUAAAGCGGGCAGUGAACCCAAAUUUGUUAAAAUCAGUUCAGAUAUUAGUUAGGUAGAAUAUUUCUCUCUGUAUUUUAAAUUUUUACGAAUUCUUAUUUUCCGCGGGAACCAAAAAAGUAACGGUACAAACUUUGCUUAAUCCAUUUCUAUUGUUCUUGACUAACACUUAUAAUUCAAGUGGUCGACCCGGAAAAUAGGUAAAUUAGAUAGGUGGAUUGUCUCAUUUUCCAUUUUUUCAAGUAGAGGGGUUCAAAUAUUAGGUAGGUAGAAUAUUUCUUUGUGCAUUUUAAAUUUUUACGAAUUCUUAUUUUCUUUUAUGAGAUUUACCAAUAUUAUGAAAUAUAAACGCAUAUAACUUAAAUCGUAUUCUCCGCCAUUAGAUUCGGUAACAAUUUUUGAAAAGCUCAUAUCGACGUGACAGCCAAAGUUUAAAAAUAAGGAGUUUUCCAUUGCAGUUGCUUUUCGGAGGCGUUUUGAAAACUAGUAUCUGAAUUUUUUUACUACAAAAAUUCUAUUAUAAAUACUAAUUUUUUAUUACCUAAAAGUCACAUGUUUUGCAUUAUUUGAUAUUAUUUCUUCUGUUGCGCGGUUAUAUAUACAUAUACCUAUACAAAAUAUACUUUCUUUAAGGAUAUACAUAUAUAUCAGUAUAUACAUAUGCUAUUCAAAUGUCACCAAAACUAGUUUUAUAUAGAUGUUGCAUACUUUUAAGCCCAUCUCUUUGGUGAGCUGCUUAAACUUACUCUCGCCUUCUUCUGCGAAUGGUAGGCACCUUGUCGCGGUGCAGGGGCUUAGGCGCAAGGCAUAACCGGCGCCUCCAAUCCUGUGCGGUUGGUGCUGUUAAGCACGGACCACGCGGGAUGUCGGAUGCCGCAUGCGUGCGCUAACCAAGAGCUACCAUCUCCUAAUCCAGGGUGUUAUGCGACUCCCGUGCCCAUUGGAACUUUGCAGCCAGGAGGUUAAUGUGGCUGUAUUCUAACGGAGCCUUCCCAACACCGGGACGAAUUGGGAAGUAACGGUGGCCUUACCGCGUCAAGGGGCUCUGGCGUGGCGGACCUUCCAGUUCCCCAUAAAGAACAUAGACCCGAUAGCUCACCCUGUUUGAGCCAAGGGUCGAAAGAACAGGAUGAAUAGCAACAACAACAAAACAAACAUAAACAAAGGACUUGAUGACGGACAAGGGCAACGACAUAGGACAACGAUAGCGGAAAAUAAGAAGGAGAUCGAGGCGGAAGGUAAGGGGGGUCGAGGGGCUAGGCGAAAGUUUAGCUUCCUCGACGCUCUUACGCCAGAGGAGCGUUCGCUGUUUGAGGAGCACGCCAGGAAGGAUGAUGACGACGUGCCCUCUUGCAGCGGAGCGCACCUGGCGGCAACGCCUGGUGCCGCUGCAGCAGAAACUAAGGACGCGUCUCCGGCAAUGGGUAACAACAGCAACGUGCCAGUUAGCGCGCAAGGCAGCGGUAUCAGCAACCGUGGCCAGGUCAGCCCAGCUCGGAACGUAAGGCGGGGCGACAGCAGGGCACUGCCCGCGGGCACGUACGCCCAAGCCGGAAAAAGGAAGAGCGGCCAAAUCACGUCGCAGGAGCCCCCCCUAUCCAAAAGGGUGCGAGGCACGGAUACAAAGGCAGCCGGGGGCCAACCAUAUAGACCGGCUCCUCACCGGGUGGAGGAAGGGCGGCGCGGAUAUGCGGAUGCUGUCAGAAACGUCCGCAUGGCUGUCCUGCCUGUCAAAUACCCGGCGGAGUCGCUGAAACCGGAUGAGCUCACCGUGCUCCAGGACAUCCUGAUAGACGAGGCGUCCGAAUGAGAGGACUACACGGCGUCCUUCCUGGGCAUCGACUUCAGGGGAGGUAUGAUGCAGGUAGACUGCCUGGACGAGUCGUCCGCCGACUGGCUGAGGGAACACGCUCCAAAGCUGGGAGGCUGGACGGGCCCUGUCCUCUGCGUGAAGAGGGUGGAAGAUGUGCCAAUCAUGCACAGCAUGACGAUGUUCCUCCCUCAAAGCGGGGACAGGACAUACGAGCACGCCCUGAACCUGGUGAGGAACCAGAACCGGGGACUCAGUAUCUCGUCCUGGUGUGUUGCAGGCAGCAAAAAGGAGAAGCUAGGUGACAUUGAGGGAUGGAGGUUACACCUUUACAUCAACGAUGAGUCAUAUAAGUAUGUCCGGGCCGCGAGCUUCCGCCUGUUCUACAGAUAUAGCACGGUCGUCAUGCGGCCCUACAAGUCUGCUGACACUGCGAGCAAGGAAGCUAAAACUCUACAGGACAAGGGCGUCGACAACCAGGCAGUGCCGGAGUCCACCCCGGAGGAAACAAAAAUGGAGGUGGACGAGUUGUCGGAGCAGCCCUGCGGGAGCAAGUCCGGACAGGUAGGGCCAGCAACGACCACUGACGUCCCCGCAGAUGGCCGGAACACGGAGCUACCCUCAACGCAGGAGCUCCUAGACGGACUAGGAGGCCCAAUGGACAGCAGUGCGGUUGUCGGCGGGGUAGAGGACCUCUCUCUCCUCGAGCCCAUUCUAUGAUGGCCGACGUCAUGGAAAUUGCCCAAGUGAACCUGCAUCAUGCGGCGGCAGCCUCAGCUGUCAUUACAAGCAGGUUCACUGCGGAGAAACUGGCAAAUAAGAGUUUCUGACACAGGACUUGGUGGCGGUACAGGCCAGGGAUAAUGAGGGCAAAGACUUCGUACUGGCCUCAGCAUACUUUCCGGGAGAGACAGCAACGGCACCCCCGGAGGCGGUGAAAAGGCUGGUAAAGCACUGCAAACGGCACAAGCUCCCCCUCAUCAUCGGCUGCGAUGCGAACGCUCACCACACAGAAUGGGGCAGCACCGACUGCAACGCGAGAGAUCCACAGCGAACAACUUCUGAAACUUUCAUGAAGAUUGGUUUCGCCGUUCUCGAGCCUUAGCGUUACUAACAAACAAACAUUCAUUUUUACUUACAUCUAUGUAUGUAUAAGUUAUCGCGAGGAAACGACACACCCUAAUUCCCGUCGUAAUAAAAGCCUACCACUCUGCACAUGUCGCUAAGUCAGCACAUUUUGCGUGAGAACAUUGGCCAGACAUCAAAGUAAACAAACACCAUGCACGAGGCGCAAGGUCAGCAAAACGUCAGCAGAGGAGCCACAACGCGAUGCGGGUUGGUGGCUUGAGCUAAGUUAGGAAUAAUUUUAAUGUAUUUGUCAACGCCAAGGCACAUAAACGAAUACUCCCAGGAUGAGAUGACAUACGUGUGGAAUUAUGGAUCGCGGUCAAUCAGCAAGCGAUCGUCACGUUGUCACAGCACGACUUUUCAAACAACAGUUACGAUGUUCUUCUCUGGAUGGUGGAUAGUGGUUCCACCAGAUCAAUUGAUCAAAUUCCUGAUGCAGAGAAAGAUCCAGUAUUAAACGAAGUGAUGUAAACCAAUAUGGUUCAUGGACCUUGUGGACACCACAAUCCCACUUCGGUUUGUAUGUCUAACAAUAAAUGCACGAAACACUAUCUACUUGCUUUUCUUUCGGAAUCGCAAACUGGAAAUGAUGGAUAUCCACUCUAUCGUCGUAGCUCAUCAGACGACCAUACAACUUAGAGUAGUGAAUAUCGAAGUUGACAACAUAUGGAUCGUACUAUAUUCGCCACUCUUGUCUAAUUCACAUUCAAAUCUCAUGUCAAUGUUUGAUAUUGUAGUUUGGUGAAAUCGAUCAAAUAUGUUUGCAAGUAAGUCAUCAAAGGAUGCAACAUGGCGGUUAUUGGUCUUGAACGAUACGGUCGAACUGCAAUAAAGCGCUUUGUAGGAUAUUUACUUUUGCAAUUCAUGAACGUUUUCCGACUGUUGUGCAUCUCGCAGUUAAUUUGGAGAAUGGCCGAAGAGUGUACUUCAACCAAGAGAAUAUAGUGCAGCCAGUGGAAACACCGCCAGCAACAAAAUUACGCAGAAAGGAAGGCCAACCUGUAGAUUGACAACCAGGUGUGUUCUCAAAUAAUGCAUUUCGAUAAAUUUACACAAUCCACCGGAAAUACGACCUUCGGUUCCUAUCGGAUAAUGUACGCAUUUCAACUUCAUUUGAGUCAUUGCGUACUGUAAAUGGUACGGUGUGUACAAUUUUUUUAGAAGCAAGCCAGCAAAAUAUGUACGAUGCGGUGCAAAUGAAGUUCGCACACUUUUCGAGAAGAUCAUUUCGACAUAUCAACCUUCAAAUCCGUUUCAAUUAUGGUAUACGAACAAAAAUUACAUUGUCGAAGACAUUUUAUUCUGUUUGAUACUUGCGGUGGUUUAAUAUCAACUCCAUCUUACCUUUAUCAAUUCACGAAAGAUGAACGCAUAAAGAAUAUUAAGAAUAUUCGGACAUUGGCCAAAUUAUCGUAACUACGAUUUCUUGAGUGCACGCACAAUUUUAGCUGCCAAAAGUACCGAUGUUGUUGACUUAAACUGGAAGAUUUAAAGUCAAAUUCCGGGAGAUUUGCGCUCAUACAAAUCGAACGAUCGUCUUGACAAUGAGACGAAGCCGCGAAUUAUCAAGUGGAAUUGGUAUGACACCGCAUUAUUUGCGUCUCAAAGUUGGAUUUGUCGUUAUUAUGUUUCGCAAUCUUCAAGCACCGAAACUGUGUAAUGCAACCCGACUGAUUGUAACGUAGCUAUCUUAUAGAAUGGGGCAGAAUGCUUGACUCUACGAAUUCCUCUGAGCUCCAACGAUUUGCCAUUUCAGUUCAAACCUUUUCAGUUUUCAAAGAGUUCUACAAUUUUCCAUAUCAGUUCCAACGCAUUCCGUUUCCAGUGAAAAUUGCAUUUGAGA